AUGAGAGGACUCUUUCUAAUAAAGGGUUUUUCUGGUAACCCUGAGAUAGAAGUCUUAUAUGCUUCUUUGUUUUUAGUCUUAUAUUUGGUGGCUUUAAUUGGCAAUAUUCUCAUUAUCACUGCGACUUCUGUCGACAAUAGCCUCCACUCACCAAUGUAUUUCUUCCUUAAAUACCUCUCCUUUUUGGAUCUGUGCUACAUUACAGCCACUGUACCAAGAUUCGUCUGCAACUCUUUCAUGCACAGUGGCACGAUUUCUCUCUGGGAGUGCAUCUUGCAGUGUUUUGCAUUUACUUUCUCUGGUUGUGCUGAGAUGGCCAUGCUCACAGUGAUGUCCUAUGACCGCUAUGUGGCCAUCUGCUUUCCACUGCGCUAUGAAGCCAUCAUGGACACCAGCACCUGCAUUCAUGGAGUCUUAGCUGCCUGGACCAGUGGGUUCAUCUCUGGGGGCAUGCAUACAGCUGCUACUUUCUCCAUCCACUUCUGUGGUCCCAAGGUCAUUCACCAGUUCUUCUGCAAUGUCCCCCAACUCCUGAAACUCUCUUGCUCCAAUGACUACAUCCAGGAGCUUGGGGUCUCUGCCUUCCUGGCCUUGGCAGCAUUUCUUUGCUUCAUCUUUAUUGGCCUCUCCUACUCACGUAUAUUCUCUGCUGUGCUCAGGAUGCCAUCUGCUGAGGGAAGAUCCAAGGCCUUUGCUACUUGCAUCCCCCACCUAUGUGUUGUCAUCGUAUUUGUUUCUACAAGUGUUUUUGAGUUUCUAAAGCCUGCUUCUGACUCUCCAACUGGAUUCGACUUUUUGCUCACUUUUUUUUAUACCGUAGUGCCCCCGACUUUCAAUCCAAUGAUCUAUAGCUUAAGAAACAAAGUGAUGAAAGCUGCUCUGACAAAGAUGAUUAAAGGAAGAAAAACCUGACUGUUUUGUUGGGACCCUUCUCAUUCCUGGUGA